GUCAUGAAGACACCUUAGCAACUUGAUCGAUGCCUACCACAAAGAAUCAACAAUAAAAUAGAAAUACAAUUAAGGGGACAAUAUUAUUAUAUUAAUGUUAAAAUUGAGAAAGAAAUAUACAGGAUGGCAGAAAAUACAAAUAAUUCGUAUGACAUUAACGGACAGCAUUUCAAUUCGGAUAUGUACUUUCAAAAGUUAUUAAAAGAAUGCACACUGAAGCAAAUUAUGGAUCACGAAGCUGAGAUUAUAAGGAAUACUCAAACUUUGCAUUCGGACAUGCAGACUUUAGUAUAUGAGAAUUAUAAUAAAUUUAUAUCUGCCACUGAUACUAUUCGCAAGAUGAAAACAGAUUUCAAGGAAAUGGAGGACAGCAUGGACUCAUUGGCAAAAAAUAUGGACAGUAUCACUUCCUUUUCAGAACAGAUCUCUUCGACCUUGCAUGGAACCAGACAACAAAUUGCCAAACUAUCUUCUGUACAUACUCUAUUAAAGAAACUUCAGUUUCUCUUCAAGUUGCCUGGCAAUCUCAAAGAGAGAAUGAACGAGGGGAAUUAUGCACAGGCGGUUAAGGAUUAUGUCCAUGCACAGAGAGUACUGAACCAAUAUGGCAAUAUGCCAUCGUUCCAAGGCAUUCAGAAAGAUUGCGAGGACAUUUUGGAGGAGCUGAAAUCCAAAUUGAGACAACAAUUUCACAAGAGGGACGCCUCCACUAAAUCUUUAGCAGAGAACGUCGAUCUGCUGUUGCGACUGAAGGAACCAGUCGACUCUCUGUGCACCGAGUUCCUCGUGCACGCUGAAGGAAGAUUGACAGAACAGUUGGAAAUAUUGAAGGAUAUGUGCGAGAAAGACAUCAUUGAGUUCAUAGAUAUGGCGAAUUCGGGAUUUCUCAACGACUUGUGUCUCAUUGUAUCUUCUUACAAUGACAUGUUUAUAAAUCGAUCGCUAGAUGAUAACGAUUUGGCCGAUGAUUUUGACACAAAGGCUAUUAGUCAUGUGAACAAUUUUGUCGUGAGGAAUAUGACGAAAUAUUUUGAUCUGGUGGGCAAAAGGGUGGAAGAUGUAGCGGAUACAGCGAUCUUGGUGAGGGCCCUUGAUCGUUUCCAUCGAAAGCUACAGGCAAUGAAUAUGUUGUGCAAGGAUAUGGAUUUUUCCAAAAUUGGCACUGAUAUCGUCGUGAGUGCCGGUCGGAAGCAAUGUCGUAGCCACUUGCACUGUCUGAAGCAACACUUGAGCGAGACAUUGGCCAAGGUCAGGCAGACCUUGGCUACUAAAGUCAUGCAGGACAACGACGGUGGUCUGGCAGAGCUGCAGGCUAUGCUCAUCAUGCCUACCAUAGAAAAAGUCAAAGGGGUUCUGCAAGAUUUAUUGGUCUUCCUGGAGUCCGACUUAUCGUUCGGCCUGAAGACUCAGUUCCUACAGAGCUUCUGCGUGGACGAAGUGAGAGAGGGAUUGGUCGUAGGUUUUCUACAUCAUCUCACGGUUACGGCUGCUGGAUUCUGCAAUGGAUCCGACGUGCCGAAAUUUCCGCCUACUCUUCUGCUUCUGCUCAGUAAAAUGUGCAUCGAAUACAAAGAGAGCAACGUGCGAUACUUGCUCGCGACAACGGACGAACUCUUCAGCAUCGAAGAAUACACGUCGUCGGAAAACAUCGUCACUACGGGAUCGGAGAUGUGCGACUGCUUUCAGGAUGCGGCGCAGAGUUUGCUGAACCACUACGUGCGAAUUCAGGGUCUGACAGUGUCGCAAAUGUUGAGGAAGUCCGUGGAAACGAGGGAUUGGUUGCACACGAUCGAGCCCAGAACCGUGAGAGCCGUGAUGAAGAGGGUGGUCGAGGACGUGACGGCGAUCGAUUCGCAGGUCGCCGCCUUGUAUGACGAUAAUGAGGGUCAAGUUGACAGGAGCAGCGACAGCAGCAGGAAAACUCACAGUGUCAGCGUGUCGAGGCACCACUACAGAUCCAACUGGUCAUCGUACACGCCCAGCCACAUCGAUUCCUCGCUGGUGACGAACAUCCACAAACUAUUCUCCGAACGGAUCGAGAUCUUCUCAUCCGUGCAAUUCAACAAGGCGUCCAUUUUGACCGGUAUCAUCAAGAUAAGCCUAAAGACUUUUCUCGAAUGUGUGAGGCUACGAACGUUCAGCAAGUACGGUUUGCAGCAGAUCCAGGUGGACACACAUUAUCUGCAGCUUUACCUGUGGAGAUUUGUUUCCGACGAGAAUGUGGUGCACUUUCUGCUGGAUGAGAUUCUGAGCAGUGCGGUACACCGAUGCCUGGAACCGGUUCUAAUGGAGCCCAGUGUAGUGGAUAUUAUUUGCGAAGGAGGCUAAAUUAUUAUAUGUAUGAUCAUUAUAAAUAAUUUUGUAAUUAUUAUUUUUUUAUGAAUAAUUAACUUUUAAACUGAUAUAAGAUUAUUAUAAGCAAAUUCGGAAUUAUUACUUACUAUAAAUAAGACAAAUGUUUUUGUGCAAUAAAAUAAAUAUUAGCAUUAUCAAAC